AUGAGUAUACAAGCUGGAGAAAUUCUUACAGAAUUUAUCUAUGCAUUAGGAACUGUUCAAGUUGAAAUACAAAGUCGUUUAGCACAAAAUGCAUGUUCGACUAAAGAUCAUUCAUUAAAAAAUAAAGAACAUGAUUUAUUACAAUCAACAAUGCGAAUGUUAUAUGGAAAAUUUUUUCGUUUAUUUGAAUGUAUUUAUAAUAAUCCAGAUGUUGAUGUUAAAAAUUUUCAUUAUGAACAUAUAUUUCGUCGUGUUUGGAUUUAUUGGAAAGAACCUGUAAAAAUGUUUAUUAAACAAUCGAAAGAUAAAAAUUUAUUAUUAAAAUCAAUGUGUCGAGUGGCAUUUUUCAAACGAUUAAAUAAUUAUCCAUAUGAUAUACAAAAUUUACCAAUUAGCUCAUCGUUAAAACAAUAUCUUGCUUAUGAUAAUCGAUUUUUUAUUGUACAGAGAAAAUUUUAG